GGCCAGGGCCUGUUCGCCUCGCGCAGACAAGUAGCGCUGCUGUGGCGCCUGCUCGGCUGAGUCCCGGGCUCACUGUGUAGCCAGAGUCAUGAUGUGGUUAGGUCGGCCUAACCCCCGCUGUUCUUCCAUCGACCCUGCUACGGCCUCUGGCAGAGGUGGAUUAAGUACAGCAAUGGAGAAACCCCUUCCAUCGGCGUAGGAAGCAGCUACAUUACUGACUGACGCCUUAUUGCCUGCUCUUUCACAAUGAAAGCCAUGGAGGAUCAAGUGGUACAAGAAGAACUAGGGUACCAGGAUGAUGAGGAAUCCUUGUUUCAGGAUAUUGACCUGUUACAGAAACAUGGAAUUAAUGUGGCUGAUAUUAAAAAGCUGAAGUCCGUGGGAAUCUGUACCGUCAAAGGGAUCCAGAUGACAACGAGGCGGGCAUUGUGCAAUGUGAAAGGGCUUUCAGAGGCCAAAGUGGACAAGAUCAAAGAAGCAGCCAACAAGCUAAUUGAACCAGGAUUCUUGACUGCCUUUGAGUACAGCGAGAAAAGGAAGAUGGUGUUCCAUAUCACCACUGGGAGCCAGGAAUUUGAUAAACUAUUGGGUGGUGGGAUUGAAAGCAUGGCAAUCACAGAGGCCUUUGGAGAAUUCCGAACAGGCAAAACCCAGCUUGCCCACACCCUUUGUGUGACAGCUCAGCUUCCAGGAGCAGAUCGCUACACAGGAGGAAAAAUUAUCUUCAUUGAUACUGAAAACACUUUCCGUCCAGAUCGUCUUCGUGACAUCGCUGAUCGCUUCAAUGUAGACCAUGAUGCAGUGCUUGACAAUGUACUGUAUGCACGAGCAUAUACCAGUGAACAUCAGAUGGAGUUGCUUGACUAUGUAGCAGCCAAAUUCCAUGAGGAAGCUGGCAUCUUCAAGCUAUUGAUCAUUGACUCCAUAAUGGCGCUCUUCCGUGUAGAUUUCAGUGGCCGUGGGGAGCUGGCUGAACGGCAACAGAAACUUGCUCAGAUGCUAUCAAGGCUCCAGAAAAUCUCAGAAGAAUAUAAUGUGGCUGUAUUUGUGUCCAAUCAGAUGACUGCUGAUCCAGGAGCAACUAUGACUUUUCAGGCAGACCCUAAGAAGCCCAUUGGUGGCCACAUCCUUGCUCAUGCUUCAACCACAAGAAUUAGUUUGCGGAAGGGAAGGGGAGAGUUGCGUAUUGCCAAGAUAUAUGACAGCCCUGAGAUGCCUGAAAAUGAAGCUACAUUUGCAAUAACCGCUGGAGGGAUUGGGGAUGCCAAAGAGUAGAUGGAAAACUGAUGCAAAUCUGCAUUUGAAAACAGCCCAUGCACCUCAGAUGAAGCCAUGGUAUCCAAGGUCUGACUCCUUGGUUACUUAGUGUUUUUCAUGCACAGUUUGGAAAGUUUAGAAUUAGAAGAAUGCUGGGAAGAGCUUUUUAGGUAUCAUAUUUCAAUAAUCUUAACAGUUCCUGGUUCACCUUAGUGCUAUUUUAAAAUGAUCUUUCAAGCAGCCAGAAGUUGAAAAAGCACAGAAAUGUGACUUAUUCAAGGAAUGCCUUCCUUGUGGUUCAGGAGAAGCAAAGCUGUUUUGUCACAUGGGCUUAAUGUGCACUUUUUAUAGUUUCUUGGGAAAGGAAUGUCUUUGGAAUAGAAUAUAAUGGCAUGGAAUGGAACAGCAUUGAAACACAGUUUUUAAAAAAUAAUGAGUAGACAGAGGGAAAGUGCAGUGAAAGAGAGACAAGAAUAGGUGAACUUGCUAAUGUUUCAUUGACAGUAGAGGAAUGAUAGUUGCUUGAAAAGAUUUUUAGAAAUCUUGAUUAGAUUAUUUAUUUGUUUUUAAAGUGCCUGUAUUUCUGUUUUGGAAUAUUUAAAGCUGUUGUCUAUUUUUUUAUAUCUAUGAAAAAUGCUAAAUUAAAACAUCUCUCUUCUUUAUGCUUGUGUGCAAUACAGCCAACACAUAGUUUGAGUGAAACCCUGGUUCUGUGAGUAGUCUCGCUGAUUUUGUUGUGAAAAUUUGCAUGAGUAAACUAAUGGGAUGUAGCCUAACAUUAUAAUACUUCAGAUAUUUUUUAAAAAUAAAGAAACAGUAUAUGUUUAACA